AUGUACUCAUUCAAUUAUACAAACAAUUCUCGAGCUUUUUCAUCAUUAAAUAUAAUAACAACAUCAUCUAUUGAUCGUCUAUUAAAUAAAAGUAAAUAUCAAAAACGACAACAAAAUACAACGAUUACAUAUACAACUACUUCAUUUAUUUCAAAUAUUACUUCACUUUCAUCGUCUACAAUACAAUAUCAACAAUCAUCAUUUGACGAACCCUAUUCAGUUAAAACAGGCAUUAAAAUAGCAGCACUUCUUGGUGGUAUGUUAUUAUUCGUUAUUAUUUAUUUAAUUUGGAAAGCUCGUCGACGUUUAUAUCAUUUUUUAUCAUUAUCAAGAUCAAAUAUUAAUAAUCCACGUUUAUCAGCAAAUAAAUUUGAUUUAGAUUAUUGGUUAAAACAAGUUGAUCUACUUGAAGCUAAAGAAAUUGAACGUAAUCGUGGUGAUCUAUCACCUUAUCUUGAAUUACCAACUGAAGAACCACGUGAUAAUCAAUUAGCAACAGCUUCAUGGAUUAUUGAUGCAUGUCAUCAAUGGCGUCUUAUACAAUAUCGACAACAACAUCAAUUAUUACAACAAACAACAAAUCAACAAACUGAAUCAAAUAUAAUUCCAUAUAGACGACGUCGACAUAUAUUACGUCGAUUUAUUCGACGUCUUCUUAUACCAGCACAUCAACAUCCAUCAUAUUUAGAUCAACAUUUAUCAUCAUUAAUUGCUGAUUUAAGACCAAGUAUAGUUAAUAAUAAUUUAAUUCCACCAUUAGAUACAUUAAAUAUUCCACCAAGACGAGUUGUUUCAUGGCCUCGUCUUAAAUCAACUCAUCAUCAAAAUGGUACAAUGAUGAGUACAUUAGAAGCACAAAAUGCUAGAAAACAUCUACUUAAACAUAUAACACAAACUAAUACAUUAAAUAAAUAUGAAAAAAAAUUUUAA